AUGGAGUCGCGUACAGCAACUACCUCGUCAAAUGGGUAAGACCGGUUUACACUUCUCAGAUGCCUUCCUAGAACAUUUUGGCAAGUCACACGAAAUACGUAAAAACUAGGGAAAGACUACUAUGACCACAUUCAAAAACAAUUUGAGAAAUGAAUUCGUCUUACAGUAAUCCUUUCAGGGCCGAGAAGUCCCGCCGACGGAACACGGAUUACCUGCAGAUAGACCCGUCGAGCACGUUCAUAAACAACACGGGCCGGGGGUUCGCCGAAGAACUGCCCGAAAACUUCCUGGACACUAUAAGCCCGCAUCCAGUGGCGCCGUCAGUCAGCUCGUCAUCUGCUCGCUCCGCCGAUGAGCCCCCGAGGUCUUCUGCCCCACAGCUCGCUUCGCUAGUUCCGAUGAGCAUGAGCAACGAUCAGCCGAGCAGUAGCUUCUCGAACGCAUCUCUCCUCUCCUCACCAUACAUCCACAUCAAAAAUGAGCCAGAAUUCUCUGGAAGUACGGCCGCUCUGCUUUCCCCUCUACAAGUAGACUCCCGUCGGCGAGAUUCACACGAUUUCAACACAUCGCCUUACAUCAAAGAAGAAGAAGACCUCGACAACAGCCAUCUCCUAAUGGGUCUACGACAGCGAGAACUUGGUGCUCUGGACGAGCACGGAGAUGCUUCACCUCGAGAACGAUCGGCUGAAAUGAGCAUUUCGUCGCUGAUUAGUGGAGAACACGGGACGAUCGACAGGUCUCCUUCACCUCAGCCGAACUACGGAAGUGAUCCCACUCCGAUGAUACAACAGCAGUUAAAAAGAGAAGAAGAAGCCGCCGCCAACUCUAUCGCCUACUCAAAACCUGUCCGAUAUCCGAAGAGUAGGCAGAACGGCGAUCGUCAGCAGGCCGAUUUCGACAAGGCUCCCUACACGAGAAGUGAGUUGCUCCAUUCAAUUCCACUUCUCUCGGUCCUUUCCUUUUUUAGCUCACCGUCCCCUAAACGCUUAGUUUCUUUCCCCUUCCGUUCACUAAUCGUACUCACACAUAUCUUUUAGAUUCUCGGAAACAAAAAAAGCCUCUAGGUGUGUUGAAUCAAGCCUCUUCGUCUUCCGGACCCACACCCAGCACAAGCAUCACUGUGUCUGGAAUUCCGUCCUCGCAGAUUCCGACCCCACCCUCUGCUCAUGUUCACAAUACUCGUCGAAUCUAUUCGACCCAAGAUUCGAAUGAUCCGCUCAACGCGGAAAUCGGCGACGACAUUUACAUCGACACGAAGGAUCUGUGCAAGCGGAUCGCGUUCGAACUCAAGAAUCACUCGAUCCCGCAGGCGAUAUUUGCUGAAAGGAUCCUCUGUCGCAGCCAGGGAACGCUGUCCGACCUGCUCCGCAAUCCGAAACCCUGGAACAAGCUGAAGUCGGGCCGGGAAACAUUCCGAAGAAUGUACAAUUGGGUCGCCCAGCCGCUGCAAACGAGGCUCGACAUACUGGACAUGAAGACUGAAGAAGGAAAUCGGGCGAAUGGAAUGUCCCCGCCCACACCAGCACAGAAUGUACGCACCCACAGGUAAUUCAAAUAGAUGACCUCUGAAAGAUUUGUAAAUGAAAUUUCUCGUUGCAGAAAGUCGACGUCUGAUCACGACGGUCCCGUCUCAAAGCGCCCUCGUCUCGUCUUCACGGAUAUACAGAAGCGGACUCUCCAGGCCAUAUUCAAAGAGACCCAACGUCCCUCUCGGGAAAUGCAACAAACUAUCGCCGAGCACCUCCGUCUUGAUCUCUCCACAGUGGCCAACUUCUUCAUGAACGCUCGUCGUCGCAGCCGACUAGGGGGAAAUGUUGAUGAGCCGACGCCAUACCAACAGGUGAAUUUGGAUGAAUAUUUGAGAGACUCCGACUAUUCUGAGUGAAUACUUACACCGUGCCAUGCACUGCAUCCCCAUCCACACACUUACAGUUUCCACAUGUUCUCAAUAUUUUGGUUUAUAACAAGAAUUCGUGUAUCAUUUAAUAAACGGACUUUCCUCCCCACUAUUAUCACUUUUCCACUAUCAUUUCGUCGUUGUGUGCUUAAUAAAUCGAUUGUUUCAUAAUUGAAGUGUUGAAUAGUUCGCCCGUCCCCUCGCAUGAGCACUCACCCACCGGCCGUCUGAUUCCGAGAGAACACCAAUUUGGUAUUCCAGGUGCGCAACAUCUCUCCGCCACCAGUCGCAGACGGCCAGCCCGUGCAAAUGAAUGGCGAGGACCACCGACCUCUUCUGAAUUCGGUCGUGAGUUCCUUUCACAUGUUCUGAUUCCUUUGAACACUUCUGAAAUUGCAGAUGGCUGAGGUGUACAAGGAUCAGCAGAGAUCGAAUGAGAUCACCGCUGAAGAGCGCCAGCUGAUCGAACGCGGAUUCGGCGGUCCGGUGCCUGGAAACAGCCACACUCUCACUAUCCAAGCGUCGCUUCAUCAAAACGGUGGACGACACGACGGUGAGGAUGAUGACGAGGACGAUCUGAACGACGACGAGCUGGCUUACGAAGAAGACGUGGAUGUGGGAGAUGAAGAAGAAGACGAAGAAGACGUUACGGCGAACGGAGACAUUCUGCCGAAAGAGGAGAUCGAGGAGAAAGCGACCAUCAAAGAAGAGAUGCCGGACGACGGAGAGUACGGGAAAACGACGGCCGACGGUCACUGA